CAGCUGGCAGGGUGCUGGUCACGUGACAGCGCGGUCACACGGAGGAGCAGACAAGACACGAGCAGAGUCUCGCUCGUCCUCUUCCUCGACACCAUUUAUUCCCCUUUAAAUACCUUUAUACUCCCGCUGGCCUUGCCGCAGGUCUAGGAUGACCGGGAAGACCCAGACCAGCAACGUGACGAACAAGAAUGACCCGCGCUCGCUCAACUCCCGCGUCUUCAUCGGCAACCUCAACACGGCGGUGGUGACCAAGGCCGACAUCGAGGCCAUCUUCGCCAAGUACGGCAAGAUCCUGGGCUGCUCCGUGCACAAGGGCUUCGCCUUCGUCCAGUAUGUCAGCGAGAGGAACGCCAGGGCGGCCGUGGCCGGGGAGAACGCCAGAGUCAUCGCGGGACAAUCACUAGAUGUCAACAUGGCAGGAGAGCCCAAGCCAUACAGGCCGAAGAUGGGCACCAAGAGGCCGCUGUCGUCCCUAUACAGCGGCUAUGAGUUGGACUACGACUACUGCAGAGAGGACUUCUACAGCAGACUUUUGGAGUACCACGGUCGCGUGGCGCCGCCCGCCCGGGCCGCCAUUCCCGUCAAGCGCUCCCGGCUAGUCGUGCCGUCCACACGCAGAGCCAAGUCCUCUUUUCCCGUCCGGGCUUGCUCUUUCUCUUCUUCCUCCUCCUCUUCUUCUUCACGAGCGGUCAAUGUUGGGUCUUCACUCGCAGCCCCCAAACUGAAGACGGACCAGCUGCUCACCAUCAAGAAGGAGCUGUUGCAGAUCAAGACCAAGAUCGACUCCCUGCUGGGGAGGAUGGACAAGUUUGAGAGGCAACAUCGCUCUGACGCUGACAUGCCGCGGACACACCAGGCGGCGUGCGAGUGUCACUAUGGCGACAGAGCCGAGCACCACUGCGGAGGAGAGGCGGGGGACACCGUCGAGACGACAGACGGCGGCGACCACUUCUUUGAGGACGAGGGCGCCGGCGACAUGAUAGAGAACCACUUAUCGGAUAUUGACAACUGAGCGCAAGCUCAAGACCAAGACUGGAGAAGAUGUUAGCAGUUUGUGGUGAAGGAAGAAGGAUUGUUUGAAAUGAAAGCUCAGCAACGAAGAAGGAUGGAGAAAAAGGACACUCGCUCAUCAUCCAAAACGGCUUGUUUUGAACAUUUUUGGACUGCACGGAGCAAUCCACACAUGCUAAAUUGGGAGUACAAUACACUUCAUGACAGUUGGUAUUGUAACUUCUCAGGCUCCUCCUUUGCUGUACAGACAAUGUACGUUAAAACAUGAAUGUACUGUAAGAGGAACAUAUUUGAUUAUGAUGUGUUUUGUCAUCUUGUCUCUUUCCCACACAGUAUUCAUGUCACAGUUUAUUUGACUUCUUGUCGCUGACAGGAUAAUGACAAGAUGACUAUAUUUUGUAUCAUUUUAUUUAAAAUUAAAGCUGCAAGCAGCGUUGUUCGGGCCCGUGUAUUUGGCAGGUGCUAGUCCUAAGUGUCAAUACUUUUGUCCAGUUUUAGUCCCAAGUGUCCCAAUACUUUUGGCAAGUUGUAGUCCUAAGUGUCCCAAUACUUUUGUCAAGUUGUAGUCCCAAGUGUCCCAAUACUUUUGUCCAGUUUUCGGCCUAAGUGUCCCAAUACUUUUGUCCAGUUUUCGGCCUAAGUCUCCCAAUACUUUUGU